AGGAAGUGUAUGGGUGUGUUUCCGAGGGGAGGGUCUUAAACUACAUCGAAGAACUUCCCUGAAGACACCGUCACUGUUUGUACACACAUACGCAGGAUGGAGCUGCGGCCACUUGUCAUGUGCUUCGCUCUCUGUGUGGUUUACGCCACCAGCAAACCCACAGAGAAGAAGGACCGCGUUCACCACGAUGAACCACUCAGCAACCGAGAGCACGACGACGCAGAGGGCUUUGACUAUGACCAUGAAGCUUUUCUGGGGCAAGAUGAGGCCAAGACCUUCGACCAGCUCACACCAGAGGAGAGCAAGGAGCGGCUCGGCAUGCUGGUUGAGCGUAUAGACGAGGAUAAGGAUGGCUUUGUGACAGUUGAGGAGAUGAAGAAGUGGAUCAAGCACGCUCAGAAGAGGUGGAUCUAUGACGACGUGGACAGACAGUGGAAGAGUCACGACCUCAAUGGGGAUGAAGCGGUGUCCUGGGAGGAGUACAAGAACGCCACAUACGGAUACAUUCUUGAUGACCCCGACCCCGAUGAUGGCUUUAGCUACAGGCAGAUGAUGGCUCGCGACGAGAGGAGAUUCAAAAUGGCCGACCAAGACAAUGACCUGAAAGCCAACAAGGAGGAGUUCACAGCCUUCCUUCACCCCGAGGAGUACGACCACAUGAAAGACAUUGUAGUGCUAGAAACCAUGGAAGACAUAGACAAGAACGGAGAUGGCUUAAUUGAUUUAGACGAGUAUAUAGGUGACAUGUACAACCAGGAGGGAGACGCCUCAGAACCUGAGUGGGUGAAGACAGAGAGGGAACAGUUUACUGAAUUCAGAGACAAAAACAAAGACGGGAAGAUGGACAAGGAGGAGACCAGAGACUGGAUCCUGCCCAGUGAUUACGACCACGCUGACGCCGAGGCCAAGCAUCUGGUCUAUGAGUCAGAUGCGGACAAGGAUGGCCGUCUGACCAAGGCAGAAAUCGUGGAGAAGUACGACCUGUUCGUGGGCAGCCAGGCGACCGAUUUCGGAGAGGCGCUGACUCGACACGACGAGUUCUAAGCAUCCACCUGCCUCCAAAGACUCAUGUGUUCAUCUUUUGUACCACCUUUCUCCUCUGGUAGUGGAUGGAGCAUUUCAAACAAGAUGAACUCGCCUAAUCCUACGCCACGGACAAUAAUUUAUUUGAUUUCUUGAAUGUGUCCCAUUGUACACACACUAACAUUCAUGUGUACAUGCUUGGCCAGUGUGUCCUCAUGCUCAGUUGUGGGUAAGAUUGGGAUAUAUUGCCAGCCUUUUGCUCUGCUUCCACACACUACACAUUUCCUUUUUACCAAGUCAGGCGAUGUACAAACAGUGUUAGAUGACAAUUUGAAAGGGUGAUUUUAUAAAAUAGCCAUGUUUUAUUACGAAACCCUGAUAGAACAAAGUUAGGCUUGCAGUAUACGGAAUAGUUUAUCGUACCAUUUCUUUUUUUGCAAUGCACUGGACUGUGAAGAGUAAGGCUGAUUUCUAGUCAAUAGAAUUUGUUCUACUCCUCUGUCUAAUCCUGUAAUCAGGUCCACUUGUGCUUUGUUUUUUUGUGUCUUUAUUGAUCAUAAUGUGGUAUUUCCGGAGACGUUUGGAACGAGGAGUAAAUAUAAAAUUCCAGUGACAAUGAAGACUAUUUGGACUAGUGCAAUAUAGUAUCAUCAGUGGGACCUCGCUGUUUGCUAUUCCGGUCCCCAAAGCAUCCACGUUAACACAAGCUGUGGAAGUAAUCAAGAUGAAUUUAGAGACUGAUGGAUGCUUUGUCCUCAAAGCUGGGGCCUUUCUUCUUUCUUGUCACCUCAGUAUUGUGUGUGUGUGUGAAUCUGUGUGUGUACAUAUAUUACUUGUGUUCUUGAUGGUUGACUUCCCCUUUUUUUGACGUUAUGUUUUGUUUGAUUCAGCUGAACUAACUCAUUUUUGUGCCAAGCUAAAAGAUUUGUCCUGUUUUGUAAGUAGUUUGAAAAAAAGAAAAAAAAAUUCCCUACAAACACUUUUCCCUCCUGAAUAUGUUUGUUAUGCUUAUUAUCACUACCACCAUUUAUAACCACUGUUGAUACUUUUUAUGGUAUACUAUAAUGUAUAUGAUAAUGUUUUUUUUACAUGCUCACUAUAGCGACCACCCUUUCACUAGUGACUUUACUGUAAAUAAGUUGUUGGUCUGCAAAAGGAGCACGCUAACAAUCAGGUCCAGUUUUUGUGAUUGAGAAGAAAGUCUCAAUAAAAACAAAUACAAUUGGA